AUGGCCGAGAGGGGCGGGCGGCGGGCGGCGGUGCCCGGCGCGGCCAUGGCCCUCUCGGGGCAGCGCCUCCCGCAGAGAGUGGACCGAGCCUCUGAGUAUGCUGUCUCUGAAGCUUUUUCCCUUCAAAAGUCAAGGUGUCCACAGAGGCCUUGGGGUCCUGUGACAAGUUUGGAAACUGCAGAACGGCUGCAAGUUCAUCAUGAGGCCUGUGAGGAAGCCCAGGAGCUGCUCAGUAACUGGAUGAAGUCCCAACUGCAACUGGAGCUGAGCAAUGAAGAAGAGGAAGUUGACUGUGUCUUUCAGGAAGAGCCUUCUGCAGCCCCUCUGAAGUAUGAGCACUUUGAUGACUUGUGCAGCUAUCUGGAAUGUGAAAUGGAAAGUUCCUCUGUCCAGAAAUACCUCCAGCAUCUUUUGCAGAGUGAAGCUGUGAACUGUGGGAUAGCGAAACAUCUUAGACUUGAAGAGAUCAAGGAAAAAAACAAAUUUGCGGAUCCACGAAUAAUCAUGGAGCUCAGACACAAGCAGGUGAAAGAAAACCGAAUAAGGCAUCAGAAGGCUUUAGAGCUUCAGAGACAAGAAGAGUCCUUGAAGAAAGCAAUUCUGUCUGAGGCCAGGCUCCAAGCACAGGAGGAAGACAGAAGGAAGGCCCUGCAGGCUAAGAAGGAGGAAGAGGAGAUCCAGAGGGAAAUAGUGAAGCUGAGAAAGGAAAUGGCUGAGAAGAAGUACACUGUGGCAAAAGUUUGGAGAAUGGAGGGGAAGAGACAAGGAAAAACUCAGAAGCUGUCAAUGCAGGAGGUGGCUGCUGUGUCACCACCCCUGAAGAGAGAAGAGCAAGGAGAGGAGAAACAGAGAAGAACUCAGGAGUUGCUUCGCAGGAUUCACACCAGUAAGCAGAGAUGCUUGCAGCAACAUUUCUCUGCUUGGCUGAAAGUCAUUCUGGAGCACAGAAUUAAAAUGGGAAAAGCCAGAGCCCUUGCUGACUGGAGGUGCCAGCUGAAGGCCCUGCGAGCUUGGAGAAACUAUACUUGGGCCCAGAAAGUAGAGAAGGAGACAGAGCAAUUGGAAGUUCAUCUCCAAGAUCAAAACAGGAAAACCCAACUGGCUGUGGAGCACAACCAGCGACGCCUCCUGUGCUGCUACUUUCUGGCCUGGCAGCGCUGGAGCCGAGCAGAGACGGAAAAGCGAGAGCUGCAGAUGAAGAGGGAGCAGACAAAGAGAAAGAUGCAACAGCUGCUGGAGGCUAUAUCGCUGGAGACAGGUGGGGACAGGCCACUGGAGGUUAACAAGCCUGGGACAGCAGAAGUAAACCAUCAUCAAGAUUUACAGCAAGACAAGCCAACUGAAACUUGCCUUAUACAGAAAGAGCCUGAUCAGACCAGAGACCAGUCUUGUUGGGAUAUUGUUCACACAUCUCAUUUCUGCAGAAAUCCCAAAUUCGCCUGGGAGAUUACAAUUAAACAUGCAGCCCUGAGUGCCCAGGACCAGGCUAUGUACAGGAAUCAAAUAGCCACAGUCCUCCAGCAGUUUCAGGCACCCAGUCCAAAGACAUCUCCUGCUUAUGGUAGUCGAUUUGAGCACCGUCACGCCUUCCAGCAACGUGUGAUUGAGGAGCAGAGGCAGCAGCUUCAGAAACAGCAAGAGCUGAUCCAUAAACUGCAGGAAAAUCAGAAGCUGAGCAGAGAUAAAGAAGAGGGAGCACAAGCUAUGGCUGUAACCCAGAUGUUUAACAGUUCUGUUUCUCAAUCCACAGAGAAAAAAGAAUCCAGAUGCAAGAAUACAACCCCUUUGAGCCCAUCUGAUUCUUAUGGGCCAGAAAACACAAGGGCAGCAAUGCAAGGCAGGAGGCCUUCCAGCCGGCUGACCUCACCUCAUCCCAUACUGAAAGGGAUGGAGGAGAGAGCAAUUCAGCGGGCAGAACAGAAGAAGAAAAUAGAAGAAGCCAAACAACGAAAAGCAGAGGAAAAAUUGGCCCAGCUGAAGGCUGAAGAGGAAGCACGACAGAGGAAGGAAGCUGAGGAAAAGGAAGCACAGCGGGAAAAACGCCGGGAGGAGAGAAGGCAGCAGAAGCUGAAAGAACUGGAGAAGCAGAGAAGGCUGGAGAAAGAGCAGCAGCUCCACAAAAAGGCUAGAGAUCACUAUGAGGAGGUCCUUCUCAGAAAGCUAGGAAUAGUGCCAUGGAAAAGGCUGAGGGAGCAAGCCAAGGAAAACCUAGUGGUGGCACAAAGGCACCACAGCUUGGGCCUGCAGAGGAAAUGCCUCAUGACUUGGCUGCAGGUUGCCCAGCAGAGUCUCAAGGAGAAGAUGUCUCGGGCUGAGGACUUCUAUUCCCAUAUGUUACUGAGAUGGGGCUUCAGGAACUGGCUAAAGUACAAGGAUUAUCUCUCUGCUCAGGAGGAGAGAGCGAGUACCUUCCGCACAGUCUGCCUCAUGAGGAAGUGUUUCUGGGCAUGGUUUGAUCAUACCAUGGAGGAAAAAAGGGCCUUAUGGGAGAGGCUGAAGAUUGCUGCUGAACACAGCAACAGGAGAAUUACACUUAAGGCAUUCAAGGCAUGGAGGCAGUACCCGUUGCUGAUGAAAAGGGAAAGAGAAAGAGAAGAAAGAAGAAACCAGCUACGCAGGAGAGUAGCUGAAAUUCUCCCCAACUUCCAAACAUGACAGAAGAGAGUCAGAUGAGAUGGGAAGGAGACAACAAGACCAGUUCAGUUCAGUGCUAUCUCCCUGCUGACUGAAACAAGUCCAGGGAGAAGGCUUACAAAGUGCAGAGGAUCUUAGAGCCAAAGGGAGCUCCCUGUGGUCACUGUUGUUGUAAACGAAGCAGAGCUGGAAGCUUAUUGGACAGUUCCAUCAAUUCCAUGAUGCACUUCAUGAACUUAGUCCUUUUAAGCCUCUGUAGGGGUGUCUUGGCUGGUGGCUAUGAAGCCCAGAUAACCAAAUCUAGCAUAGGGUGUCUUUGAGGCCAAGGCCAUUUCCACAUGCAGAGCUAGCUGCAGCAAUGACAUGAAUCCUCCUCCAUCCAAGGAAGCACAGAACUAAACUGCACCUCUUUUUGCCAAAGCAGUAAUCUGGUGCAUUUCUGUUGGCAGUACUAUGUAGAGUGACAGCUUGUCCAGAGGACAGACAGACCUGGCUGUCAGCUGACCCCUAACUACUGCUGUGAACUUGGCCACCCAGAGCACAGUUUCUAGCUAACUGUGCCAGGAAAGUUUGGAUGG